AUGAAGGGCUCCCGUGGACCCUAUCCGGGCCAGCAAAUCGAGGCCUUCCUUGACAGCUUCUUCUUUUGCCCAUCUUGUACAGCAUGGCGCAUGAGCAAACCUCUACGAAGGACAGCUCCCACCGGCUCCGGCUCCAGGAGCAGAAACAGCAGUCGGCGGCAUGCCUCAACUUCAACUUCAACCGCAACGCUCAUCUCCACGACCGCCGUGAACGCGCAAAAGCCCGUCCCUCCGCGGUAUAAACCUCUCUACGAAUCCCUUCUUGACGUGCGAAAGAAGGCGGCGGCGCAGGUAAAUCUCAGUCGACUCCAACUUGCCCUGCAAGGGCUCGAGUCCGAGACCCCAGUGACCAGGGUGGCUGUUCUGGGAUUGAAUGUUCAAGAUACAGCAAGCAGAGUGGUCCGGCUACUGCUUGCAGACGCGUUGGAAGACGAAGGGAGCUGGGAGCGGGAGUUGGUAAAAAGUGCUGGGAGCGUGGACUUCAGUCGAGGCGUCUUGAUACGUUAUGGACGCGCUCCGAAUCCAAAUCUUCCUCAGCCGAAGACCAUCAUUCCGGUACUUCACGUCCCAUCGAACGUUCUCGAGCGAAACAAUAUGGAGAUACUAGUAUCGAGUAUCAGCGGGCCCCGAAAUGGCGAGCUAUUGCAAGGGGCGCAAACAGUCACAUCAGAUGCAUUCUUGUCACCGUCGAUUGGGACGCCCACCGCUGCAACUGGACGACAAACGACCAUCAGCCAACCAGUGCAUAGCAGUCUGCUUGUCACAAAAGGACUGGACGGGCUCAUGCUAGCUGCAGAGCUAUUGGCGUCUACCAAUUUUACAGCCCGGGAAGAUCGGGAAUCUGUGAGUUUGGCCGUUGAUCUGAGAGAGUUCAAGGACCAAACCCAAGGACAAGUCUUGGUCGUAGACGCCGCCAAAGCAGAGGAGGGGCUGGCAGCGAUUCGAAGAUCUAUUGGGGAAGCAACUGAAUACGAGCACAAAUGGGUCGAUUCGGGUAUGCCGAUAUUGUCAGGCUGGCUCACAUUGGCCUCAGCUGCAAGAUCUGAAGGACCCAUCCCAGCAACUGUGAAGGCCCUGAUUUCCUCAUUACUGACGACUGCAAUGACCAAUUUGCAAGUUCAAGCGUCCUUGGAAGCUCGAUCGAAUGCGGCUCGAAGCCUGAGCCAUGCCACGCGGGCCAAUCUCGAGGACGCAAUCGAAGGAUUCUCUCGAAGCGCCCACCAAGAGCUCCAAUCCGGGCUCGCAUCAGCAUGGAACUCGCACAAUUGGCGCAAGUUGGCUUGGUACAAGCUGUUCUGGCGUGUGGAUGAUGUUGGACUUAUCAUUACGGACCUCGUUACAAACGCAUGGCUUCCUCGUACUGAGCGCGCAGUCUAUGAACUUUCCGGUCGGCUGUCUCAGGCGGGCAUCUCGCCGAUGGAUGCUUUGCCUUCACUGCCACAGCAUGGAAGCCUGACCAUGUCCAAGGAAAAACAAGAUCAUCUUACAGAGCCCACGCCAGUACUGCAGGCGCAAGCCACCAUUGCGACCGACCCCCCUCUGGAGGCAGUCCUGGUCAACCCCACAGGGACCGCUGAGGUCGAGAUGGCCCCUGUCCCUCAACCCAUACCUUUGUCUUCAUCGAUAUCUAGGACUCGUUCCGAGCAAAUGCAACGUGCAAUUGCAGAUCUCACCAGCACGGCUCAGCAGAUUGUGCUCAAAACCCUCUCGAUCACAGGUCUGUCUGGCGGUCUCUCGGCUCUGACCUACCUUUCCAUCACACCAGGCAGCAUGUAUGAAGCUGGCACAAUAGCCGCGUUAGGUACAGCUUACGCCUUGUGGCGGAUGCAGGGAGACUGGUUUAAGGCUACAAAGGCACUGGAACACAGCUUGUACGAUGAGGGCAGGACUGUCAUUCAGCGAAUCGUGGGCAGGAUGGAGGAACUAGUGGACACUGCCAGUCAAGUGGUAGAGGAUGAAGUCGAAGUGCAGAGUCGACGCCAGGCUGAGGAUGCUGUCACAAGAGCCAGAGAGGAAUUAGAUCGACUUCAGAAAUGA